GGUGCCGGCCUCGAGCCUUCUGCCGGACCGCGCUGGCUGGCGGUCAACCGCCGACCCGUCCACUAAUCCCUUUAAGCUAACACCGUUGCCAUUAUACGAUCCCUGUCCCCUUGGCCCUAUAUCAUAAUGCUGGGGUCGGCAAUCAAAAGCAGCUGGCGUGGCGUCCGCUAGAGGACUGCCGCCGCGUUUGUUUCUUUUUCGUCAUUCCUCACUUUUCUCUCUCCCCAAACAUGAAGGCUUCUGUGGCGUUCGGCCUGUCACUCCUUGGCAACGUCGGAGCUGCUCUAAACCCCCCUCCCCCUCCCCCGGGCGUUCUGUCGGCGGAAAAGGGUUGGCCGCCUGCUCUAAACUCCACUUCCCCGAGCGUCCUUUCAUCGGGAAAGAACCGCCUUGGCGAAUGGCAAUCUGCUUAUGAGAAGGCGGCCUCAUUGGUCGUUGGUCUUACCAACGAUGAGAAGAUCACCAUCAUCACUGGUGGCUCUAUUUCUGGCAACAAUACCUGGAACGCUCUGAGCUUCAAAGAUGGCAUGAUGGGCGUCCAAUGGCAGUAUUUCGUAUCUAGCUUCAGUGUGACCAGCGCCUUGGCCAUGACCUGGGACAAGGACCAUUUCCUCUCCCAAGCGAAGGCAGUUGGCUCAGAGUUCUACCUGGAAGGCUAUCAGGUCCUCAACGGGCCCACGAGCGAGCCCCUCGGUCGCACGCCUUGGGGCGGGCGCCUUGCCGAGACAUUCACUCCCGACCCCUACCUCAAUGGUAUCGCCUUCGGCGAGAUGGUCAAGGGGAUAAGGCAGAGCGGCGUGAUUGCCGGUGGCAAGCACUUUCUUCUUAACGAGCAGGAAACAAACCGGACGGUAUCCAUCUCUACCACGACCACGGCCAUUUACUCGAGCAACGCGGACGACAAGACCAUCCACGAAGCUUAUCUUUGGCCGUUCUACGAUGGCGUAAGAGCCGGCCUGGGCGGUGUCAUGUGCGCAAUGAACAAAGUCAACGGCACGCUGUCCUGCGAGAACAGCGCCCUGCUCAAUGGCCUCUUGAAAGAAGAGCUUGGGUUUCCGGGCCUGGUCUUCCCCGACAUGAACGCGCAGUCGACGGCGGUAGGCUCUGCCAACGGUGGUCUCGAUUACGGCUCAAGCACGAUGUGGACCACGGAGACGCUGGGCGCAGGUAUUGCCAAUGGAUCGUUCACGCAGGCGCGCCUCGACGACAUGGUCAUUCGCAACGUCGCACCGUACUACUUCGCCGGUCUGGACGACGGGAAGCAGCCCGAGACGGCCAGCGCCACCGACUACCGCGACGUGCGAGCGAACCACGCGGCGCUUAUCCGUAAGAUCGGUGCAGAGUCUUUGGUCCUGCUGAAGAACAACAACGCCAACGGCGGCGGUCUUCCGCUCAACCGUCCGCGUACAAUGGCCGUGUUCGGCGCCCACGCCGGCCCCGUCAUGGCUGGUCCGAACCAGGCUUUCUCGGUCCAGGGCGUCGGCUCGACUUAUCAGGGCCAUAUGGCGUCGGGCUCGGGCUCGGGCCAGGACUCGUUUGCUUACCUCAUCACGCCGUUCAAUAGCCUGACCACCCGCGCCGUCGCCGACGGCACCAUGAUCCGCUGGGUCCUGAACGACACGUACGGCAGCUCCAGCAGCAGCAUGGGCGGCGACUCGGGCAGCGGCGGCGUCGACUUAAGCAGUCUGGGGCAGGGCACAGCCGUGACGCCGGGUAUCGAAAGCUACGCCGACAACGCGGAAGCGUGUCUAGUGUUCCUGAACGCGUACGCGGGCGAAGGCGCAGACCGCACCGAGCUGGCCAACGCGGAGCAAGACGCCCUCGUCAACACGGUCGCCAGCACGUGCAACAACACGAUGGUAGUGAUCAACACGGUGGGCGCGCGCCUGGUCGACCAAUGGAUCGAACACGCAAACGUGACGGCACUGCUGUACGGCGGCCCACUAGGCCAAGAGUCGGGCAAUGCCAUCGCAGACGUCCUGUACGGCGACGUGAACCCCUCAGGCAAACUCACGCACACGAUCGCGAAAAACGAAUCCGACUACACCGUCGGCGUCUGCUACACGGCGCAAUGCGACUUCGCCGAGGGCGUGUACAUCGACUACCGCUCCUUCGACGCACGCAACGUGACGCCGCGGUACGAAUUCGGCUUCGGGCUCAGCUACACCAGCUUCACCUUCUCGGACGUGGCGGUGACGAAAACAAACGCCUCGGCCCUAGCAGCGCCGUAUGCGAGCGGGCCGCGCGGGCCCGGCGGUCGCGCAGACCUCUGGGACGAGAUGCUGCAGGUCUCGGCAAGAGUGACGAACGCGGGCCACCGCACGGGCAAGGUUGUCGCUCAGCUGUACGUGGGGUUUCCGGACAGCGCGGGACAGCCGCUGCGGCAGUUGAGGGGGUUCGAAAAGGUCGAGUUGGAUAAGGGCGAGAGCAGCGAGGUGGUGUUUGGGUUGAGGCGGAGGGAUGUCAGUGUUUGGGAUACAGGGGCGCAGGAGUGGAGAGUUGAGCGCGGCGCGUAUCGCGUUUGGGUUGGGGGGAGCUUGGGGGAUGCGAGCGGGGAGGGGGCGGGAUUUGUGGUGUAGUGGGU